AUCGGUCACACUCGGCAAAGAAUUCGCAAACGCAACGAGCGGCGCCGCGCAUAAAGUGUAAUAAAAUCGUCUUUAGCUCACAACUGUACUAGAGUAAACUAAUUGCAAAUUUGCAAUACAGUUAUACUUAAAACGCUAUAUCAAUUAAAACUAAAGAAAGCAUCAUGUCGAGCGUGCCAAAGCGACAGAAGUUGGAUGCUGCCGGCGAUGGAAAUACAUCUGCCGGUCCAAACGAGGAGGAGUCGGACGCGCUGGAACAAAUCGAUGCUUGUCAAAAUGAAAUUGACGCCUUAAACGAGAAAGCCAGCGAGGAGAUCCUAAAAGUUGAGCAAAAAUAUAACAAACUACGCAAGCCGUGCUAUGAAAAGCGCAGCGAGCUCGUUAAGCGAAUCCCAAAUUUCUGGGUGACUUCUUUCAUCAACCACCCGCAAGUGUCUGGCAUUCUUGACGAAGAGGAGGAGGAGUGUCUGCAUGCGUUAAACAAAUUGGAGGUGGAAGAAUUUGAAGAUAUCAAGUCUGGAUACCGUAUAAAUUUCCACUUCGAUGAGAAUCCAUAUUUUGAAAACAAGAUUCUCACCAAAGAGUUCCAUCUGAAUUCAGCGGCCUCUGAAAAUGGUGAUUGGCCUGCCUCAACUAGUACGCCAAUCGAAUGGAAGGAGGGAAAGAAUUUACUUAAACAGUUGCUAACGAAACCCUACACCAACAAGAAGAAAAGGAAUUCCGAUUAUAAGACCUUCUUCGAUUGGUUCUCUGACAAUGCCGAUCCCGUCAACGAUGAGAUUGCUGAACUGAUAAAGGAUGAUCUUUGGCCAAAUCCACUGCAGUAUUAUCUAGUACCUGAUAUUGAAGUGGAGCCUGAGGAUGAUGAUGAGAUAGAUGAUAAUGAGGAGGAAGCCUUUGAUGACGAUGACGGCGAAGAAGAAGGUGACGAAGACCUUGAGGAUGAAGGUUGAUGUCAAAUAAAUCCCUCAAUCUAUAACAUAUGCAUAAUUUCAAUUUUUCCAACUGAUUUCCGAACGGAGAUAACCACUUACAUAUUACUAUUAUUUGAUGUAUGUCGGUUAUGACGGGACGCGAUUCAAAAAAAUAACAGCAACAUAAUUUAUAAUGUUGCAUCACAAUUGCAAAUAUACCCAUUUUUAGGCAGUUUUACAGUUACGUUUUAAGUAAGAUCGAUACGUAUUUCCGAAAAGCCCAUCUAAAAAAAAACAGUUUUUUAAAAUACAUAAUAAAAAAGACGUGAUGCUGAAAAACCA